UUUCUUCAAUUUAAAAAAGUCAACAUUUUUUAUAACCAAACUUUUCUUAUCAAAAAAGUUGAGGUUAAGCAUAAUACUCAUUCGGGGUCAUUAAAAACAUCAUUUUUUCAGAUUCACGAAUUAUUUACAACAAGUUAUGAUCAUUGUUGCGUUUUUUUAUUAAAUUUAUUUUAAAGAUUCAAGUUUUGAACAUCUUAACCUCUACAUCAUGGUUGCUAUGGUUACGACGUCCUCGGCAUUUCCUACUGCCCGAUCAGAAAUCGUCAUACGGUUUUUAUAAGGGACUGCUCAGGCACCUGAAGUAAUUUAUCCGGGCCGGAUCAGUCAGAAAAAAUAGGAGAAAAUUAGUCUGAUGAGUUUUCUUCAGUUAUCACUUGCCUUUUCGAGAAGCGUCACGCUUGCACAAUGGCUGGCAACGAGACUUGGCUAGAAACGUAUCCAUAUCAUAUUGUGGAAUUUGUCACUUGUGGAAGAAAACCCAGUGUCCGUAAAGUUGACAUUGUUGCUACGAAGUGGAUUUCUUUUGAUAAUGUCAAAAAGAAGUGCUUUGCAAAAUAUCCAUCACAUCCUUAUACUAAGGAAAAGUACAAUGCACUAAACAAGGCUCUGGAGGAGUUAUCUGAUGCACCUGUUGGCUGGGAACAAUUCACCGUUAAAAUAAGAGGAAAGGCAAAUAAAGUAACGUUACAAAAAGUUCUUUAUGUAACAUCAAUGAAGCAUUUAAAAAAAUGAAGGCUUUAGAACAUCAGGAAACAGCUUUGACUGUGGAAUCAGCUGAGAGCAGUCCUGAAGCUGAAAAGAAAGCUGCUGAUAAGUUACGCCAACAGCAGUUCAUGAAUGCUGCUGCCAAAUAUAGUCAGUUCAUCCAUAAGCAGACGAAUUCAUUGCAAGAAACUUGUAACCAGACCAAUUCAUUGAAAGCAAUUAGCCAAAAUG